AUGGCUGAGGAGAGACUGACUGGGUUGGCACUCAUGCACGUUGACUAUGGCAUGGAUCGGAAUUUAGAUGAAAUUAUUAAGAUACUUUCCAGACAACAUCCUCGUAGAAUGCUUCUGCAGGAUACUUUAGGUUCAACAGGUCCUGUUGGCCCAUCUGGACCAAAAGGAUCAAGCGGGGACAAGGGACAAAAAGGAAGUAUGGGGCCAAGAGGUAUUGAAGGAGCAGAUGGAGAUCCUGGGUCAGCCGGUCACACUGGACCAGUUGGUCCACGAGGCGUGAAAGGAGACAAGGGACUGAAGGGGAUACCAGGUAUAACAGGACCGAGAGGUCCACAAGGCGUUCCCGGAGAACCAAUAGACCAGGAGACGCUUGAAAAGUACUUUAAUCCUGUGAAAGCGCUACAGACAGAGGUAUCUAACCUGAAACUCACUUUGCAGUCUUUGGCAAGUAACGAUCAACCCGCUGCUCAUUUACACGGGAAUAGUAAUGGUGGCACAAAAAGUAGUGGUAAAGUUGUUGUUCUUCUACAAUUUACAAUUUAAAAAAUAUAUUAAACUAAUGCAUUUUGGGGUUGUUGAUUGCAAUCAGGCAGCAUUAUUACGGACUGGUAUACUGGUAGCGGUCAGUGGUAUUCUCCUAUUCUGAGAGGUGGAAUGACAUACAGUAACGGAUACAUUACCGUGUCGAAAGAUGGACUUUACUAUAUCUACGGAAAGAUAUGGUUUGAUCCACAUUCGGGACAAACACAAUCUGGAUUCUACAUCUACUUGAACAGUCAAAUUGUUGAUUUUACCUACCAGUACCUUCAAUCACCUAAUAAUUAUCAAGAUUACACUCGUUAUUCUGGUCUUCUAAGAAUGGUCAGCAAAGGAGACAGGAUCUAUAUGAAGUUUGUCUAUACUGUAUAUGCUUAUAUGAAUCCGCAAUACGCUCAGUUUGGAGCCUUUCGUGUUGCUUAACCUGCGCAAUAUCUUUUGCAAUGACGUUAACUAAUUGUUGUUCCUUUGUCAUUGAUUGCAGUUUGUGCAUGUAAAGUACGUGUGGUCUCGUACUUGAUGCAUGUCUUGUGAAUUUUGUCUAGAGUAAUUAAACGUUU